AUGAAGGCUGUUCAAAGCAAGGCGUCUAUGCUUUGCAAAAGUAAAUUUGUUGUAAAGGAGGACAACCCAAGACGGGUGACUCCAUCGGUUUUCAGCGAGAUGUUGCAGUCCACACACGAGCGCAUGAAAAACACCAGCACCGUGCACCCGCCUCUCAUUCUGGAGCGCUUUGGAAUGACCAACACCACACAUCGCAAAGUUUCUUUGGCUCACACGGAGCUGCCGCUUUUCCAGCCCUACCCGUCUGAGCUCGUCUUCCAGAACUUCGUUCCCUCACAGACCUACCAGCUACCUCUGUAUCUCCUUAACAACGACAAGGUUUCCCAGGGCGUAAACCUGAAGCAUCAGAACUCAGAGAACUUUGUUGUGGUGCGUUCAGGAGACGAAGGUUGCAAAGUGGCUCCAGGGAUGACUGCCACUUUUACAGUGUUUUUCACCCCCCAGGAGAACAAGGACCACGACCACAGACUUGUUUUCGUGACAGAGAGGGAGAUGUUCGAGAUCCCAGUCCGGGCCAUCGGGCCUCGGGCCGUCCUUGACUUUCCAGAUGAACUUGUUUUACCUGCCUGUCCCGUGAAAGCCACCACGGAGAAAACUCAACUGGUCCGCAACGUCGGGAAAACCAGGGCUCGGUUCAAGCUGCAAACUCAGAGGCCGUUCUCGGUGACGCCGUCCUCUGGGAUGCUGGAAGUGGGCGAGAGCCUGCAGGUGACGGUGGUUUUCCAGCCCAGGACUGUAGGAAUCCACCAGCAGGACCUGCGUCUGCACUACCACACUGGUGAAGAUGUGGAUAUCAGCUUGUCUGGGUCCUGCGAGGAACUGAAUAUUCAUCUGGAACCGGACUCUGUGACGCUGAAGAAAACCUACAUCAACAUGGCCAGUUUUCAUCCAGUUUCCCUCACAAACCACACUGAGAUUGUUCUCCAGUACCGUUGGUCCGCGUGGCCCAGCCAGCAGGAGGAGGACUGGAACUCAUCAAGGGAGAAGUCAGGUCUCCCCCGGGGAGCGGAGGGGCAGCCCAGGCCCCCAGCGAUCCGUCCCCUGCCGGCUCUGCCCGGAUUCCUGCAGGACCCGGACUUUCUCAUAGACCCAGACAACUGUACAAGUAUUGAGCCAACGGAGGGGGAGAUAUGGCCAAAUAUGACCGCCAACUUCCACGUUGUCUUCCAACCUGAAGAGGCCAAACUUUACCAACCUACUCUAUACUGUGAUGUCACAGGCCGUGAAUCCAGGUUACCUCUGACUAUCAGUGCAGAAGGCCUGGGACCAAACCUGCAGCUCAGUUACGAACAAAUGGACAUCACAAAUGUACUUAUAGGUGAAAAAGUACAUUUUGAGGUACAGAUUUCAAACAAGGGGCUGAUUGAUGGCCAUUUCAGGUGUCCGAGCCCUGAGACCACGUUCGGUCAAUGUUUCUCUUUCAAUCCUGAAGAAGGUGUUGUUCCUGUCGGGGCCUGCCAGACUGUGAAAGUCACCUUUGCCAGUCGUAUCUCGGGACAUUUCUGUGAGGACUUGCCGCUGGCUGUCACAGGGCAGCCCCAGCCUCUUACCCUGACCUUGAGGGGUUGUGUCACUGGACCCACAUUCCACUUCAAUGUCUAUGAUCUCGAAUUUGGAGAUGUAGCCUUUGGUUUCCCGGUGGCAAUGACAUGUACGCUCUUCAACACGUCGUUUGUUCCCAUCACGUUUGCCCUGCGUGUCCUGGGGGACGGCUUGGGUUCACCUAGUGUGAGCUUUGACAAAUAUGUGUCAGAUUUGUCACAAAAUAACUGGAAAGGCUGCGUUGCUCGAGGCGUUUCUGCACGCCGCAUGGAGUUUGCCGUCAGCCCCGCCGCCGGCUCCGUACGUGCCAUGUCUGACGUCAACAUUAAGGUGACGUUGUGUUCUAACACGGUCCGGACCUACAGGCUGGCGAUGGUCAUGGAUGUUGAAGGAGUCGGAGAGGAAAUCAUGACGUUGCCUAUCAAUGCCAGGUGUGUUGUGCCUGAGAUAACGGUGGAACCCUCACAGUUGGACUUUCAAAGGUGCUACCUGGGUCUGCGGUAUGAAGGUCGGGUGCGGCUCACCAACCGUGGUAAUCUGCCUGCCUGCUACGGCGUGCUUGAUCAGGAACAUGACGAGAGUUGGUCUGAGUGUUUUGGCUGUCCUGUCCCCAGAGGAGUGAUCCAGCCGGACUCGUCAGCGGAGCUUCCUCUGGUCCUGGUCACCAACACUGUCGGGAGGCGCCGUCAUACUCUCCGUAUCGCUGUGUUUGGCAGCGUCCACGAGCCUCUGGAGGUGGAGCUGUUAGUAACUGGGCAGGGACCAAUAGUUGAUGUUCCGAGCACAGAGCUGCACUUCAGCAAGAUUCCAGUUCUAACAGACGUCAUGAGAACCGUGCAGCUGUUCAACCAGUCACCCAUUCCUGCCCACUUUACCGCUCGCAUGAGCUGCAGAAAGUCCUUUUGGCGCGUUGAGCCCAGUGAGGGAGAGGUUCCUCCCAGGAGCGAGCUGGAGCUGAAGGUCGUGGCUCACCUGAAGGACACACUUCCGUUUGAGGAGAAGCUAAAGAUAUCGUUUCAGGACAGUCGCUCGUUCACCGUCCAUCUCUCAGCCACCGGUACCGGCACGACGAUCGUCAGUGACAAACCUCUCGGGCCCACCCUGGAUCUCGGCACCCAUUUCAGCCACGGGUCGUGCCGGUUCCUCUUCACGCUGACUAACCGAGGCCAGCGGAUACAGCGGAUGUUCUGGAAGUUUGACAGCUCUCUGGUCUCCACAAAAAAGCCCAAACGGGGCACCUUCCUCCCCCCCAUCUCCACCCCCCGGCACAGGGACGUGGUUGGCCGCGGUUGUUGCGUCCCCGUCCCCAAGCAGAAGCCGGUGUUCUCCAUCAGUCCCUGUCGGGUGGAGCUGCUUCCAGGCGGCUCCGUUGCCAUGGUGAUGACAGCAGCUUCAGAUUCACCCCAGGUCUUAAAUGAGCGUCUGGUGUGUCGUGGCUUCAUUGGUCACCAGGACUGUCAAGAGACCAUCAUGUCUGUUGAUGUCACUUGUACUUUUGUGGCUCCAGUGAUCAGUAUUUCCUCAGAAAGGCUGGAAUUCUCUGUAAAGAAGGUGAAAGGACAGAGCCUGCUGCCCCACUAUGAGAAGCUGCUCAUAAAGAACAUGUCAUCUCUUUCGCUGACGCUGGAUCUUUUGCUUGUGGAGCCGUUUUUUCUGUGUGAGGCUCCAGGAGACCAGACCUCCACUACAACUAAGUCUUUAAUCUUAGGUGUCAGUGGUCGGGUUGAGGUUUGGGUUGGUUUUAAUCCAGCUUUCUAUCAGGACUGUGAAUCCCACAUUGUGGAUGAGUGCCUUGAAAUAGACUACAGGGAACACCCGCAGCACCACAAGGUCCAGCUGCACGCUGAGGUGCACUACCACAACCUCCGCUUCUCCUCUAAUGUGGUGGAUUUCGGCUGCGUCGUCCCGUGCACAGAGUUCCAGGAAGUAGUCACGAUCAGCAACUGUUCCAUGCUCCCCGUUUUCUACCACUGGACUUUUCUGAGCGGCUGCAAAGACACUGAUAUCAGAAACACAGACGUGCUACAGAAGAGCCAGAAGAUUCCUGAGGGCCGGGUUGGAGAAAGGAGGAGUUCCUCCUCAACACUCUCUCCUCAUGUUUUACUCCCUAAGAGCCCUGGGCCUCGUACCAACGAGCAGAGCAGCAUGAGCCCUGGGCCUCGUACCAACCAGCAGAGCAGCGUGCCACACCCUGGUAGUGUGGAAGAGAUGCAGGUAUUUGACAUCUUGCCAAUAUCCGGCCACCUGCAACCUGAGGAUCAGCAGGUCGUCACGUUCUCUCUCUUCAGUUAUGAAAACGUGAGCAGAGAGGUGGUAGCGCAGUGCCAUGUGGACGAGGGGCCGACGUAUGAAAUCAAACUGAGAGGAGAAGUUUCAGGGAUCAGCUACAGCCUGGAAUCCAACCAUCUGGACUUUGGUGUGCAGCUUUUUCACUGCGUUGGGGAAAUUGAUGUGACCCUGAGAAACACUGGCAAGAUUGGCUUUAAAUACAGCGUUAUACUCCCUGAAAGCGAGGAGGACGAGGAGAAAAAGGCUGAUGAGGAGUCAGGGCUGCGGAUUAAAGCCCUGCAGCAGGAUCUGCAGCGGGAUCUGCAGCAACGUGACAAUGAAAAACCAGUGAGGAGCCUGGAAGUCAGACCUGGGCGGCCCAGGGUUCUCCCAGCGGCGGGUUGUGUUAAGGCGGGUGCAGAGCAGUGUCUGCGUGUGCUCUACCUGCCGGGGGUCCCGGGCGUGUUUAGGAAGCGUCUUCAGCUGCAGGUUUCUUUCCUCCCAGCAGAGAUCACUCUGACCGGUCAGGGAGUCUUCCCAAGGAUCACUCUGAAUCUGCCACGAAACCUGCCAGCGGAGUGCUAUGGUGGUGUGAUGCAGCAGGCCAGAGAGGAGUUAAUGAAUGGGAUUACUGAUGGUGGACGAGCGGCGACGGAGUCUUCCUGGACUUUAACGAAUGAAGAGCGUCUUCACAUGGAGAUUGAGAGAUUGUUGGUCAAAGAAAAUGCUCUCACUGUGUCUAGCAGCCUGCUGGAGCUUUACCACUCAAGAGUUCCCACAUCUAACUGGCACAAAAUGAGCAAGUUUAAGCUCCCCGAGUAUGUUCUGGAUUUUGGUCUCGUCAUUCCUGGCAGAGUUGUCAGUCACACUGUAAAAGUGAUGAAUAGUGGAUCAAUACCUGCGUCCUUCCACGCCGACUGCAGAUGUCUUACAGGCACAGGUUUUACAGUAGAACCUGAAAAAGUGAAGAACUUGCCCUGCCGUGAGACUCACACUUUUAAAGUCACGUUUGAUCCUCAAGGAGCCAAACUGGAACUCGGGGACAAGAGUGUUGUUCUGCCAAUUGAGGUGUCGGGGGGUCCGCUGGUGCAGGUGCGGCUGUGUGCGGUUGUGACGGUGCCGGCCGUCACCGUGUCCACAGACACGCUGCAGUUUGACGCGCUGCAGUGCAGCACGUGUCAGAUAAGGACAAUCCAACUGCUCAACCAUGAGCUGCUGCCGUGCCACUGGAGCAUCGCUGAGGAGGAGAAGCCUCGCAGAAAGGUUAAGAUCCGGCUUCCGUUCGACCGUAAAAAGCUGUCCCCGGAUCAGCAGCCCCACCCCCCCGCACGCGUGUUUGAGAUGACUCCCCGCUCCGGUGUUCUGCAUCCCAGCGAGGGAAUCAACGUCCACAUCAAGUUCAGCCCGACUCAGGGGUGUGUGUUCAUCAGGCAGCUGGAGGUCCGCGUGGCCGACAGCCCCCAGCGGGUGUUCAUCACAGCCCAGGGACAGGGGGACGAGCCACAGCUGGAAUUCUGCCCAGCACAUCUGGAACUGGGUCCCUGUCUUCCUCUCAGCACCAACGCUGAAGCCCAGGUCUCCGUCACAAACCCCUGCUCCUUCCCCAUCGAGUUCUACUGUCUAGAGCUCGACACACAACACCUGGAAGAAGAAAAGAUGUUGCGGCUGAUGCCGGGGUAUGAUGAGAAGAAGCUGUUGCUGCUCCCCCCGAGGGUUCCUGGGGAGGGUCUCCCUGAGGAGAUCCUGGAAUACUACAACCAAGGUUCCCCGCCAACAAGCCAAGAGUUGAAUGAAUUGGAUGAAGAUGAGGCCGAGACUCACGAGACACUGGUGGAAGAUAUGAAAUGGAAACAAAACAACACAGAGAUUAAAACCAAGAGUGGGAAGCCUGAUGAAAUGCAGUUGACCAGAGAGGGAAGACUAGAUCAGUUAGAAAUGAGCCCUUUUUUCAGAGGAAUGUCCCACCACAUGGGCUUUGGUUCUCCACCUGCAGAACUGCCAUUUCGCAACAGCGGAGGCAUUGCUAUUAUUGUAUAUGGAGCUCCUCGGUCAGGUAAAAACGGUGCAGCAGCUGCUCUGGCGUGUUACUACAGCGCAGCGUGCCUGAGUGUUGACGCCGUGCUCGCAGAUACGCUUCAAAAAGGCACCACUUCACCUUUUAGCUCGUCAGAAAGACACGUUGAUCUCACUUCUACUGCAGAGUAUGCUCAGAGAACAGCUGUGGAAACUGAUCAAGCCACUGAAGAUUCAGGAUGUACAGCAGCUCUCGACGCCUCAGAUCCUCAUUCAGACUCAGUUUCACUUAAUACUUUGGAUGCUCUUGCAAAGCACGAAGAAGAAAAAAACGACAGUGGAAAUAAAACCCCGGCUCAUCCGGAGGGUGAACGUGCACACAAUGACCUCAGUCUGGAAGGAGAUGGUUCCAAAGUCAGCAGUCCCGUUCCUGAACAACUACUCAUUGAUAUCCUGACAAAAAGACUGAAGUUGAGUGACUGUCAGUGUGGAGUAGUGAUCGAUGGUUUACACUCGGCGUACACUGAGUUUGCAUCAAGCACGCUGCAAGUUGUUCUGAAGGCCGUCGGUAACCGCAAACACAUCUAUGUGCUCAACGUAUCUGACUCCUACUCUGCACUGAAGGCUCGGGAACGAGGCGUGGGAGAAGCCAAAGAGGAAAUCCAGAGUGAGAGAGUGAGUGAAUAUGAUGCUUUGCCUCAGGAUGAGGAGGAGGAUAUUAAUCCGGGAUCGUUGGAGACGAUCACGAUGCAGAAACUCCGGGAACUUGAGCAGAUGCCAAAAGAGAAGAAAGGGCCGAGGAAAAAAAGCUUGAAGGGAAAGCAGUGUGUUGUGGACGAGCUGCAGUCUCAGUUCAGCAGAUAUGAGGAGAGCCAGGUGGAGGUGAUCCAUGUCCUGGAGCACUGGGACCGGGGCCAAGGCUCGCUGUCCAGCCCUUUACCCAGCAGAGAAAACCCUGCAAGAUUACUUAGCGUCUCAGGAGCGACGAGAAAAAAACUGAAGGACGGGAGGAGCAAGACAUCGUCUCCACUGGCUGGUCAGACAGACCUGGGGACAGACCUGGGGACAGACCUGAGGACAGACCUGGGGACAGGACACCCGGCGUCUCCCCUGGACGUCAUCCCUCACAUCGUCCUGGAUGUGACGAAGACAGACAGUCUGAGUGUCCCGGAGAUGGUCACGGAAGGAACCUUACCUCCAGCGGACGAUGUGUUGGGCCCAGCGAUCCCUCCUCCCGUCACGUUCUCUGUCGUUCCUUUCCCCGAGCACAGAGACCAAGCUGACAUUCAGCAGACGAGCUUCACCUUCCUGGAUCCUUCUGGGCAGGGAGAGGAGGACAAACAGGAAGAUUUGGAAGAGGAUAAGGAGUCUACGGCUUCUAAACAUCGUGGCAGGGCACAUGAUAAAAGAAGAAAACUUCAGAAGAACAAGAGGUCUUUGACACCUUCAGUGACUCUUUCUGACUUGGAGCUGAAACUCAAACAAAGGCUGAGCACGUUCCGCUGGGUCGUACCGGCCGGCGGUGAGCUGGUUCUGAAGAUCUGGUUCUACUCAGAAUCACCAGGAACGUUUGAGCAGGCCUUCAACUUUGAGCUGGUGGGGACCCGGAGACUCUACACGCUCACCUGUCGGGGACAGUGCUCCUAUCCUUCAAUCUCCAAACACCACAGGACUCUCUUCGCCCACAGCAGCAAAGUGCAGGAGCUGAAAGAAGACGGGCUUCAGAAGUGUUUUGUGAUCGACCCCGGAUACUUUGAGUUUGGACAGUUACUUUGCAGCAAGACCAGAGACAGGUACAAGGAGAUUAAGUAUCCAGAGAAUACGGAGCGGCUGGUGAUUCAUAAUAACUCGGGUCUGGAGGCAGAGGUACAGUUUGGUUUCCAGUACGACACCCAGGCCACUACGUAUCUCCUGGACCCGCCAACCAUGGUCCUCACACCCGGACAGAAACAGGAGUUGACAGUGUGGGCCUACCCCACAAAAGCAGGACAAAUGAAGGACAGCAUCGUCUGUCACAUCAAGGACAAUCCUGAGCCGGUAAUCAUCCGUCUGUCCUGCUGGGGCGUCCAGCCGGAGCUGCAGCUGGACAGCAGGCAUUUGCAAUUCGGCAGGGUUCUAAUAGACAGGAGGAACAGCUGUAGCAUGACGAUGCAUAAUAAGACGACUCUGCCGGUGUCCUGGGGCCUGCGUGGUGUGGAGGAGUUGGGGGAUCAGUUUGAGCUCCCCCAAGAUCAUGGCAUCAUCCCUCCUAACACCUCCUUCGUUUUAAGCAUGCACAUCAACGCCAAGAAGCCACUCCACAUAAAGAAGGUCUUACGUCUGGAGGUAUCUGAUGUGGAACAGAUUCUUGGAAUUGUGCAAACCGAGAACAUACAGGUCACUGCUGAAGCCUACAGUAUAAAUUUGAAGAUCGCACCAGACGCUCUUGUUUCUGUGACAGAUGGAUGUCUGGACUUCGGAACCAUGAGAGUCUUUGGAGAAGCUCGCCAGUCGCUCAAACUAAAAAACACAGGAAAAUAUGAAGUAUCCUUCAAGUUUACGUUUGAGCAGACUGACCCGGCACUACCAAACCUAAAGUCCAUUUUCACCGCGUCUCCGCAGAGCGGUCGUCUCAUGCCCGGUGACAAGUCUACGCAAGUGGACUUCGUCUGCAGAGCUGAUCAGGAAAUCCUCAUUAGAGAGCAGCCAGUCUUAGUUUGCCAGGUGUUUGAUCCCAACAUUGGGAAAGGAGACAAAAUCAUCUUGGACAUUAAGAUUUCAGUUCAUUCUGUUUUUUCAAGCUACCAGAUUACACCUCCGUGUGACGUCAGCUUUGGCCCGCUUGUUUACGGCUGCAAGAAACACCAGAGCUUCACCGUCCAAAACAACGGAGUGUUCAAGAUGGAUUUCAACAUUUCUCAUGCUGUCGAACCAGAACUAGGGAGUUUGGGUUAUCGUCCUGCAAGGCCCAUUGGUGAAUGUCUCAAAGUAUUACAAAAAUCCUCCCAAGACACAACACUGCAGAAUCAGCUCAGCGUUGGGGUGUUCACGGUGUCUCCGUGCACGGGAAGCCUGCCGUCCGGGGCUCAACAGCUCGUCACCGUGGACUGUGCUGCUGAUCAGCUGGGCACGAGGAAUACGGGCUUGCUCAUUGACAUAAGCGGCCGCGACCCUUCAGACCAGCCUGGUGGUGUAAGAUACACGCUCCGGGCUGAAGUCUGCAAACCAGAAAUAUCAUUGGACAUGGCUUCUAUAUUUGAAGAACACCAUCUGUGCCACAGCAGCAGCCAGCUCUCCUCUGAGCAGUUCUGCAAUGCUGACAGCAUUUACGUCCUGCCUGAGAACAAGUUUAUCUUCAACAGAGUCCUGGUUGGACAAAGUGCUCAGGCCCGCUUCAAACUCACAAACAACAGCAAGAUCCCUUGCACACUCCAUCUAGCCAUCCGAUGUAUCAGGACUCAGGUGAGAUCUGGAAAUGUGGAUGUGUUUCAUUUGUCUGCUACAACACUGGAUAUACCAAACCAGUCGCAUGAAUUUGCUGCAGUCACCUUCACACCUAAGGCAGUUCAACAAUACAGUGUUGUGUUUGAGGCCACAAUAGAAGGACUUAAGAGAACAAUAUUCCAGAGCAAGGUGCUGGAAUUCCAGUUGAGUGGAGAGGGAAUCCUCCCAAGUGUGUGUGUGGUGCGUCCUGCUGGGAGAGACAGCAGAGGAAGCCCAGUUCUGCAGUUCAGAAGGGUUUUUGUUGGGCGGAGGAGAACUCUUCCUCUAGUGCUGCUUAAUGAUGGACCUGUUCCAGCUGAGGUCCAGGUUGAUCUGCUGGAUGAACAUGGAGUGUUCGCCCUCAGACGCUGCAACGCUCCUGGUGACGGCCACGUGGUCUCCACUUCCUCAGAGCGUGCGUUGGUGCACAGAGCCAAGCUCAGGCUGAACAGGAACGAAUCUGUGGAGUUUGAGAUCAGUUUCAGCUCCGACAAACCUUUGACUGUGGAGGCAAACGUGGCAGUGCAGGUGAUGGAAACCCAGUACGGCAACACCACGAUCCCAGUCACGGCAGAAGCUUACCAGCAACUGGUCUCCCUGGAUCACAUCAGCAGCUCAGCGCAGGAUCAUGAUCACUAUUAUAAAAGUGAAGGUAAUUAUGAGGUGCUGCAUUUUGGAGACUGCCAUGUUGACUGUCUGUACGAAGAGCGUUUCACCAUGACCAACCACAGCAGCACCCAGGCAGUGAGGUUCCAGUGGCCUCCCAGUGGACACCAUGUUGUAUUUUCACCACAGGUUGGUCAUCUUCACGCUGGUUGUUCUAAGGAAGUGACCGUUGCCUUCAGGUCCAGUCAGCCUGUGACUCUGAAGAACCAGCCUAUGAGAUGUGAAGUUUGCCAGGUGGAGUUCCAGCUGCCGGUGGACGAGGUGGCCGACUGGGACGACCGACGGAGCACGGGGACUGAUCCUGAACCCAUUUGCACUGUCGUUGAGAGCUCUCAGUGGGAGUUGGAUUUGCGCGUAAGCGCUCUUUGUGAUUUUGUGAAGCUGAGCUGCAGCAGCAACACCAUCAGCUUCCAGGACACCGAGCUCUUUCAAACCAGGCACCACCAACUCCACUUAGAUAAUGUGGGCAAAGUGAAACUGGAAUUCUCCUGGCAGGUCUUCAUCGAUUCAAACAUUGUAAACCCUGAUGAAGGAGAGCGGAUCUCUGCCUCUGGACCUGUGAGCAGGACGGGAUCCCGUCGUUCAAGCGCUCUGGCCAGAGUGACGUCUGUCCGGGCUAAGAAGGCUGUGCUGCCUUUCACUGUGGAGCCCAACAUGGGAACCAUAGAUCCGGGUGCCACGCACAACUUCACUGUUGGGUUUUCACCAGGGGAGGUAGCUCAGUUUCAGGGCAGGCUGCUCUGUAGUAUCCCCAACUUGCCGGCUGGAGAUCAGACUCCAUGUGUGGUGGUGUGUGGCCGCAGCCUGCUCCCCCACUGCCACUUUGACCUGGAACACUCAGACUACGUCAGUAGCAAACCCAAGGCCAGGGGCCGUGUGAAGCCCAACACCCGGGUUCUGGAGUUCAAGAGUGUUGGUUUCACCGUACCAUCAACAAGACGUUUUAAUGUAAUGAACCCAACCAGUAAAGUCUAUUCAUUCCAAUGGAGGUGUGAAGACACAAGCGGCAGUCCCUUCCGCUGUCUCACCUCCUCUGGUUUCAUUCUGCCCGGCAGCAAAGCUGAAAUGAGCUUUGAAUACCUUGCUGUUCAGUACGACACGGUGGAGUCGAGCUGGAGCUUUGUGAUUGAGACUCUAUCCCUGACUGUUCCCUUCCUCUGCGUGGGCACAGCUAGAGAGCCACUCGUGUAUCUGGACAGACCUCACAUUGAUUUUGGAGAGCUGCCUAUUGGUCUCAAAGUGGAGAGGACGGUGGAUCUGGUGAACAGAGACGAGGUUCCCUUCCACUUUUCAGUCCUGCAGUCAUCUCUUCUCUCUGAAGACCAGCAAUCCCGCCUCAUUCUGCAGCCCAUGGCUGGUACCGUGGCCCCCAACGAAAGAUUACCCCUGUCCGUGUCCUUCACGGCUCUCAAGGAAAGCCAUGUGAAUUUCAGAGUCGACGUAAAGGUGAAGAGGAAGGCGGAGCCGCUCACACUGACUCUUAAAGCCAGUUUUUUCCCCAUGAGCCUUUUAGUUCAGGUUGAGAAGCCGGACGGGGGUCUUAUAGAGAUUGUCCCCAACAACAAAGACACUCUGAACUUUGGAAAGGUGGGAAUUUCAGAGCAAUCCACCUUUAAAUUCCUGAUUUCCAACCUAUCGAGAUUCAUCUUGGAAGUGAAUUUCAAAGUAACGGGUCCCAAAGAGCUGCUGCAGCACAUGAAAACAGAACCAGAAAGUGCCACCGUUGAAGUCGGGAAGCAGCUGCAGUCGUCAGUUUCCUUUUGUCCUCUGAGUAUUUGCAACCUGCAGAACGUCACUUUGAUUGUCAAGGUGAAAAAUGGGCCAGUGUUCACUUUCAACAUUAAAGGAAAGAGUGUAGUGCCCACACUUGACUUCUCCUUCACCAAAUUCAACUUUGGGAAGUGUUUCCUGCGCAGUCCUGGCACGUCACCACAAUCCCAGACUCUAGUGAUUAGAAACAAAGGCAAAAGAGACAUCAGCAUCCAGUGCCUGUUCACAAACACCGAUUACCUUGAGGUGGACUUUCAAGCGGAUGUUUUAUCCCCUGGUGCUGUGAUGGAGGUACCGAUCUCCUUCUACCCUCGUGAGCCACGUCGUUACCACGGAAACAUCACUUUCAGCUUCAAUAGCCGUGUCACCAAACAGGUGGCCAUACUGGGGCAAGGCAUUGAGGUGAAGCUGGAAGAUGAAGAUCCAUCACAGAAGAAGGUGAAGGUGGGAACUUUGGCCUUGGGUCAGAAAAUGAAAAAGCAGGUGGCUUUACUCAAAAACACCACUGGAUCCAAAGGUAAAAGGCAAAACAAACACGCCACAACUAAACAGCAUGUUCUCAAGCAACGGUUAAUAAUAAUCCCGGCGCGUGGGCUGACUCUUAAAGCGAGUGGUGGUUCCUGUGAGGUGAAGAUCCUGUUCUCACCUGGACACUUCCUUCCUCCCUUCACGGCUGAGCUGCACGCUGACUCUGCAGGCUUGUUACUCCCUCUGCUGACCGUGCACGGCUGCUGCCAAGGAAAAAAAGUCUUUUGGAUUUAUUUUGGAUUUUGGAGUUAUGUUUACCAAAAGCACAUUUUAGCAACAAGGUUCAUUCAAGGUGCUUUACAAAAUAACUACUUGUGCUGCUUGUGGGUGGACAGUCCCUGCUUCAGUGUCAGGGGUGUGGACGGCAUCCCGUCCAAAACAACCCACAGUAUCAAGGUCCAAGCUCCCCCAGGAGGAACUCCGGACGAGCAGUGGUUUGGGAGGCUGAGCGUCUCCAGCCAGGGCUCAGGGCGGAGCAGCAAGCCUUGCUCAUGGGUCUACUACCUGAAAGGCUACCGGCAUGAUUAA